AUCGGUCUGGUGACAGAUAUGUAGUUCCAGAUGAAGAAGGUAUGAAUCGGUCUGGUGACAGAUAUGUAGUUCCAGAUGAAGAAGGUAUGAAUCGGUCUGGUGACAGAUAUGUAGUUCCAGAUGAAGAAGGUAUGAAUCGGUCUGGUGACAGAUAUGUAGUUCCAGAUGAAGAAGGUAUGAAUCGGUCUGGUGACAGAUAUGUAGUUCCAGAUGAAGAAGGUAUGAAUCGGUCUGGUGACAGAUAUGUAGUUCCAGAUGAAGAAGGUAUGAAUCGGUCUGGUGACAGAUAUGUAGUUCCAGGUGAAGAAGGUAUGAAUCGGUCUGGUGACAGAUAUGUAGUUCCAGGUGAAGAAGGUAUGAAUCGGUCUGGUGACAGAUAUGUAGUUCCAGAUGAAGAAGGUAUGAAUCGGUCUGGUGACAGAUAUGUAGUUCCAGAUGAAGAAGGUAUGAAUCGGUCUGGUGACAGAUAUGUAGUUCCAGAUGAAGAAGGUAUGAAUCGGUCUGGUGGCAGAUAUGUAGUUCCAGAUGAAGACGGUAUGAAUCGGUCUGGUGACAGAUAUGUAGUUCCAGAUGAAGAAGGUAUGAAUCGGUCUGGUGACAGAUAUGUAGUUCCAGAUGAAGAAGGUAUGAAUCGGUCUGGUGACAGAUAUGUAGUUCCAGAUGAAGAAAGUAUGAAUCGGUCUGGUGACAGAUAUGUAGUUCCAGAUGAAGAAGGUAUGAAUCGGUCUGGUGACAGAUAUGUAGUUCCAGAUGAAGAAGGUAUGAAUCGGUCUGGUGACAGAUAUGUAGUUCCAGAUGAAGAAGGUAUGAAUCGGUCUGGUGACAGAUAUGUAGUUCCAGAUGAAGAAAGUAUGAAUCGGUCUGGUGACAGAUAUGUAGUUCCAGAUGAAGAAGGUAUGAAUCGGUCUGGUGACAGAUAUGUAGUUCCAGAUGAAGAAGGUAUGAAUCGGUCUGGUGACAGAUAUGUAGUUCCAGAUGAAGAAGGUAUGAAUCGGUCUGGUGACAGAUAUGUAGUUCCAGAUGAAGAAGGUAUGAAUCGGUCUGGUGACAGAUAUGUAGUUCCAGAUGAAGAAGGUAUGAAUCGGUCUGGUGACAGAUAUGUAGUUCCAGAUGAAGAAGGUAUGAAUCGGUCUGGUGACAGAUAUGUAGUUCCAGAUGAAGAAGGUAUGAAUCGGUCUGGUGACAGAUAUGUAGUUCCAGGUGAAGAAGGUAUGAAUCGGUCUGGUGACAGAUAUGUAGUUCCAGAUGAAGAAGGUAUGAAUCGGUCUGGUGACAGAUAUGUAGUUCCAGAUGAAGAAGGUAUGAAUCGGUCUGGUGACAGAUAUGUAGUUCCAGAUGAAGAAGGUAUGAAUCGGUCUGGUGACAGAUAUGUAGUUCCAGAUGAAGAAGGUAUGAAUCGGUCUGGUGACAGAUAUGUAGUUCCAGAUGAAGAAGGUAUGAAUCGGUCUGGUGACAGAUAUGUAGUUCCAGAUGAAGAAGGUAUGAAUCGGUCUGGUGACAGAUAUGUAGUUCCAGAUGAAGAAGGUAUGAAUCGGUCUGGUGACAGAUAUGUAGUUCCAGGUGAAGAAGGUAUGAAUCGGUCUGGUGACAGAUAUGUAGUUCCAGGUGAAGAAGGUAUGAAUCGGUCUGGUGACAGAUAUGUAGUUCCAGAUGAAGAAGGUAUGAAUCGGUCUGGUGACAGAUAUGUAGUUCCAGAUGAAGAAGGUAUGAAUCGGUCUGGUGACAGAUAUGUAGUUCCAGAUGAAGAAGGUAUGAAUCGGUCUGGUGGCAGAUAUGUAGUUCCAGAUGAAGACGGUAUGAAUCGGUCUGGUGACAGAUAUGUAGUUCCAGAUGAAGAAGGUAUGAAUCGGUCUGGUGACAGAUAUGUAGUUCCAGAUGAAGAAGGUGCUGUGUCUGGCAGUGGCUGUGGGUCACGUGAAGAUGUCUGAGGAGGAGCUGGUCUACAACAUCCACUUGGCAGUUAACUUCCUGGUGUCUCUGCUGAAGAAGAACUGGCAGAAUGUCCGUGCCCUCUACGUCAAAAGCACCAUGGGAAAGCCCCAGCGCCUCUACUAGAGGAUCAAACUGCUUUUACUACCAAUAAAAGGACAUAAAA